AUGAAGUCCUGCAAGCCCAGCAACCCCGCGGCCGGAGCGCGCGCGGCGCCCGCGUGCGCAGGCGGCGCGGAGUGCGCGGGUGCGUGCGCCGGGGCUGGGCGGCUGGAGAGCGCGGCGCGCAGGCGCCUGGCGGCCAACGCGCGCGAGCGCCGGCGAAUGCAGGGGCUCAACACCGCGUUCGACCGCCUGCGUAGGGUGGUGCCCCAGUGGGGCCAGGAUAAAAAGCUGUCCAAGUAUGAGACCCUGCAGAUGGCACUGAGCUACAUCAUGGCGCUGACCCGUAUCCUGGCCGAGGCCGAGCGAUUCGGCUCGGAGCGGGACUGGGUCAGUCUCCACUGUGAGCACUUUGGCCGCGACCACUACCUUCCGUUUGCGAGCGCGAAGCUGCCGGGUGAGGGCGAGCCCUACGGCCAGAGGCUCUUCGGCUUCCAGCCGGAGCCCUUCCAGAUGGCCAGUUAG